GGCAGCAGACGUGUUUUAGUGCACCAAAUGAUUAAUUUUAUCGCGUCCUAGAAACUGCACUAUCUCGAAGUGUUUUAACAUACGGCUUGCAUUGUCGCUGGUUAUUGUUUGUUGCUUUACUUAGUAAAUAAUUUUGAACAGGAGAAAAAUGUUUAGUGUGAACUGCUCACUUGAUUUCCAUAUAGUUACUUCAAUCCAUCUAUUGAUUUAUAUCGUUUGAUUACUCACUCGCAGUAAUUGUUAUACAAUUUCAAUAUACCAAGGGAUUUCUAGAUACGUUCAAAAAAUAUCGGAUUUUCAAUGUCAUUCAAUCUUCAUCAAUCCAACUAUACAUCUAUAAAAACAACCAGUAGAAAUUCUGCCAAAAUUUUACUCCCAUCUAAGGCAUAUUCUAAUAAACAUUGUAAGUGUAAAUUAAUUGUAGCAGAUACUACUGGUGAUGUACAUUCAUUUCAAUAUGUGAAUGGACUAAAGCAUACGAAAUUUUCUGUUAAAUCACCAAUUACUUGUAUUGAUAUUGGAACAUAUCAAAAUAAUGAAAAACAACGUAUCAUUGUUUGUCAUAAUUUUAAUAUAUCUGGAUUUACGCCAAAAGGAAAACAAAUUUUUGAAUAUGAUUCAAAUAUUCAAGGUCAUGUGGAUUCAAUAUUUAUAGAAUCUACAAAUAUUUAUUAUACUGUAGGAUGUAUGUACCAACAAUUAACCAAUUUUAAAGAUACUGAAUUUCUUUUAUUACCUGAUAUUAUUACAAGUAUAUAUGUGAUCAAAAAUGAUACUAUAUGUUCAGUACCUCUUGUUGUUCUUGCUUGUAAAGAUAAAUUAAUACGCAUUUUGAAAAAUGGUGUACUGCUAUGCGAAUUGGAAAUUUCUAGUUCACCAGUUUGUAUAAAUAGAGCUCAUAAAAGUUAUCCUUCAAAUUAUUUAAUGUAUGGAACGUCAGAAGGUCAUUUUGGUCUUUUUCAAGUGACAAGUGAAAAUGUCACAAGGAUAUGGGAAGCCUCAUCAACAUUUGGUACCAAUGAAAUUCUCUCACUGGAACAUUAUGAUAUGUUGAAUUAUAUUGAUAACAACAGCAAUAGCAAUGAUGAUGAUGAUAAUGAAAAUACUGAAGAUAUACUAAUUGUUGCUUUUACAAAUGGAAGAAUCGAACUAUAUAAAUAUGAUCAGUAUAAAUAUCCAUUACUGAUGUAUGAAACGAAUGUAAAUUAUCAUUUAACAUCCGUGAUGGCUGGUCGAUUUUCUAAUGUAAAUUAUCCGGAACUUUUAUGCAUAACAUAUACUGGUUUGAUUUUUGGUUUAACUACACAACCAAUCAGAAAAGAAAUAUCCUUAGACCAACCUGACCCAAUGGAACUUCAAUUUAUGUCGAAAAUGAAUAAAUUAAAUGAAGAAAUUUCAAAUCUAGAAAAUCAACUACAGUUAAUGAAAUUAAAACAAGAUCAAAUUAAAAAACAACAAAUUCAUUUAAUCCCAUUAGAAUUAAUUUAUAAAUUUUAUUUAAAUAAACAAUUAUUUAUUUAUUGUUUAAAUAUAGAAACCCAAUUACCAAUUGAUCAUAUAUUAAUACAAAGUGAUUGUCAAAUUGAUUUAUUCAGUAUUGAAGAGAAUACAGCUGUGAAUAGUUUAAGUGAAUGUAAAAAUGGUGACGGAAAUGUAUUAUUGACAACUUAUCGGUGCCAAGUGAAUACAACACGGUUUGACAUUCAAUUUCGUACGGUUGAAGGUCAAUACGGUUAUGUAUCUGUGUAUGUAGUACCAAAAAUAAAUUUAUCAACUAUGGUCGCAUGUAAAUGUAUUAAGUUAUUAAUACAUCCAUUAUCAUUACAUUGUCUAACUCAUCACAUAGAAGAUGAACCGUUAAAAAGGCCCUGGAACAGUUUACAACUAACUGGAAAUUUCUCUUUAAUGGAAAUGCAUACUUGGUUAUCUAUGUGUAUACCUGAAACACCUGAAAGGCCUACAUUAAUGAAAUCGGAUACAUUUCAAGCUGAUAAUAAUGACAAUCAAUAUAUUGAAGAAUUUGCUCGACUGUUCUAUAAAUCAAUCUAUCUUAAAAGUCAAUUGAAAUGCGUUUAUGGAAAAGGUUAUGCUAAUCUCCAAUCGGACAAUCUCUCUACAAUUGCUAUAUUGAAAGAUGUCUUAACUAAAGAAGCUACUAAAAAGAGAAUUCAAUUAUCAAUUAACUUAGAUAUACAGAUGGAUAGUGCAGAAUACAUGUUAAAGAUGAUUGACACCAAAUUGAUUUAUCUUAAAGAAUUAGAAGAGAAAGUAAAAUUAAUCAAACCAAUAACAGAGUUGAUUACAAAUGAAAUUCAAUCUAUUAAUGAAAUCCAUAGAAAUCAUUGUUUUUCUGAACAAAUUAGUAAAAAUGAAAAUCCAUUACCAAAUUUUUUACCAUUAGAAUAUGCACAAAUAUGGCGGGAUUCCGAUAAAUUAAAACAAGAAUUCAAAUAUCAAUCAUGUCAAUUAAAUAGAUAUUAUGAGUGUAUUGUCAGUCUGUACAUUGACAAAUAUCGUUUUCAAGGCAAAGAUGUGAACUAUAGAAAGAAUGAUUUACUCAAACUUUUGGAAAAUUAUAAUUUGGAUAAAUUAAUUGAAUAUUUUAACCAAGAACUAUCUGUAUAGGACUUGUUUUUGUUUGUUUGUUGCUUUCUGAUCGAUACCUUCAUAUUUUAGAGCUUGUAAUCAUUGAAUUUCAUAGUAAAUACAUCAAUUUCAUACUGA